AUGGAUUCCCGCCUCGCCCUCGCCGCCGUCGUCUGUGCCAUCGUCCUCUGCGCCACGCCGGCGGCACUCGCCCAGACAGUGCAGGUCUGGACGAGAGGAGGGCGCGCCUACUCGCUGACAUGCUACACGCGGUUCGAGGUGGUGCCGUUCUACAGGCCACCGAACGCGACGAGCCUCGUGGUGGCGGCGGCGUCGCCGGCGACGCCGCCGGCGUUGCAGCCUACGGAAUCCGGAGUUUCAACUAUUGCCGCCGUUCUCUUGGUCAUGUCUUGCAUCAUUGUGGUUGUCAAAAGUCGUAGUAGGGCAAAAUUUGAGAUGAUCAUUGGAAAGAACUCCAAUCGUAAGGAGAAUAUUGAAGAGCUACUUGACAACUAUGGUUCACUAGCACCCAAGAGAUACAAGUACUCACAACUAAAGGAUAUGACAGGGUCUUUCAGUGAGAAGCUAGGGGAAGGUGGCUAUGGAACGGUAUACAAAGGUACUUUACCUGAUGGUAACCCUGUUGCUGUGAAGUUUCUCCAUGAUUUGACAAGUAAUGGAGAAGAAUUUGUAAAUGAGGUUAUCAGCAUUAGAAGGACUUCUCACAUUAAUGUGGUCACACUUGUUGGUUUUUGUUUGGGGGCCUCAAAGCGAGCUCUCAUCUACGAGUACAUGCCGAAUGGAUCAUUGGACAAAUUCAUUUAUGCUGAAAAUUCAAAAAUAACUCUAGGAUGGGACAAACUUUAUGAGAUAGCAACAGGUAUUGCGAGAGGAUUGGAGUAUUUGCACCGAGGUUGUAACACACGAAUCAUACACUUUGACAUCAAACCGCACAAUAUUCUACUUGACCAUGAUUUUGUCCCCAAAAUUGCGGAUUUUGGCUUGGCGAAGUUAUGCAACCCGAAGGAGAGCUACCUUUCAAUGGCCGGUAUGCGAGGAACUAUUGGGUUUAUUGCGCCAGAAGUAUUUUCGAGGCGAUUUGGAGUUGUUUCGACCAAGUCAGAUGUGUAUAGCUACGGGAUGAUGCUUCUUGAGAUGGUAGGAGGAAGGAAAAACUUGAAAUCAAGUGUUGAAAACCCGAGCGAAAUGUAUUUUCCGGACUGGAUUUAUAGGUGUCUGGCAGAUCUUGGAAGCUUGCACACUUUUGACAUGGAAUAUGAAACUGAGGAGAUUGCAAGAAAAAUGGCCGUAAUUGGCCUGUGGUGCAUACAAGUAUCACCUAACUCUCGCCCCACAAUGAGCAAAGUUUUAGAUAUGUUUGAAAAAAGUGCUGAUGAACUUGAGAUACCACCAAAACAUUGUUUUUACUCGGCCAUACAGUAA